GAGCUAGAUGGCCACAUGCAUUAAAGGUGUGCAGUUAUUUUAGACGACGGUGGAUUUUCACUUCGCUUUAGAGCAGCUUCACAUCAGCUCAUCUGAUGUUUUAUUACUGAAGCAGUUUGUCUUUACAUAUUUGUGGACUGAAACCGCUGAAGAUGUUUCAACCUGUUUUCUUCUGUUUGUGUUUGUGGUGUGUGGUUGGUGUGUUUGGUGAUACAAAUGAAAUAGUGACAAAGGGACAUCCAGUCACUCUAAACUCUGAUCUUACUGAAAUGAAAGAUGAUGACGUGAUUCAGUGGAGGUUUGGAAACACUUUAAUAGCUGAAAUCAGUAAACGGCCCAACAGAUUCACUGUAUAUGAUGAUGUUCUUGAUGGGAGAUUCAGAGACAGACUGAAGCUGGACAAUCAAACUGGAUCUCUGACCAUCACAGACAUCACAAUGAAACAUGAUGGACAUUAUCAACUGAAGAUCAACAGUGUGGUCGAGAAUUUCACUCUCAUUGUCUGUGAUGAAAUAACAGUGAACGAGAGAGGUUCGACCACUAUAAACACUAGUCUUAUUAAGAUAAUGGAUGAUGAUGUGAUUCAAUGGAGAUUUGGAUAUGAAAACACUUUAAUAGCUGAAAUCAAUAAACGGAACCACAGAAUCACUGUAAAUGAUGAUGUUCUUGAUGGGAGAUUCAGAGACAGACUGAAGCUGGACAAUCAAACUGGAUCUCUGACCAUCACAAACAUCACAACUGAACAUGCUGGAGUUUACGAACUUAAGAUCAACAGAGUGAGAAAGAGUUUUCUUCUCACUGUCAUUGGAGUGAAGUCAGUGUCAGUGAUGGAGGGAGAUUCAGUCACUCUAAACUCUGGUCUUACUGAAAUGAAGGAUGAUGAUGCAAUUCGCUGGAAGUUUGAAAAAUAUUUCAUAGCUGAAAUCAAUAAACAGGACGGCAGCAUCACUGUACAUGAUGAUGUUCCUGAUGGGAGAUUCAGAGACAGACUGAAGCUGGACAAUCAAACUGGAUCUCUGACCAUCACAAACACCAGAACUGAGCACACUGGGCAUUAUGAAGUACUGAACACCCGUAUGAUUAUAAGUUUCAUUCUCAUUGUGUAUGGUGAUGCAGUGUCAGUGACGGAGGGAGAUUCAGUCACUCUAAACUCUGAUCUUACUGAAAUAAUGGAUGAUCAUCAGUGGAUUCAGUGGAGUUUUGGAAUUGAAUACAUUUUGAUAGCUGAAAUCAAUCAAUGGGCCAACAGAAUCACUGUAUAUGAUGGUGUUCUUGAUGGGAGAUUCAGAGACAGACUGAAGCUGGACAAUCAAACUGGAUCUCUGACCAUCACAAACACCACAACUGAACAUGCUGGAGUUUAUCUACUACAGAUAACUGGAGCAAAAGACUCAUUAAAAGCUUUCAGAGUUUUUGUCUAUGACUCUGUCCACUGUUGUGGUUCUACUGAAGCUGUGAUCCGAUUGGUCCUCUCUGCUCUGGUGGGCGUGGCUACUGUCAUUCUUCUGGUUUAUGACAUCAGAUCCAGAAGAGCUGAACAAGAUCAAGAACAGAUUCACACAUCAGAAAGAAUUGAAAUCUGAAGCAGAAUGCUGAACUUUAAAGGCUCUUUAAAUGUGAUUUUGUUCUUCAAUUUUUUUUCAUAAUACUGAUGAUUAUUUGAGCUUGAACUUUUUUUAAAAGUCUAGUUUGAAAGGCUUUGUUUACAUUUCUUUAUAAGACACACAGAUCUCACUUUGCUACUGCUGUCUAUGUAUUUACUUGCCUUUAUUAAAGUUUUCUCACUCUGAGGUUUAAGAGUCUCUCUAUGUUUAAUUACAUUUAUUAUGUUGAGCGCCACCUGGAGGAAUACUAAUUUUAUGUAAGCCAUAGUGCCCUAUCAUACACCAGGCACAAUGCGGCACCAGGUGCAACGCAAGUGUUUUUUGCUAGUUAACACAGUUAGCAUUUUCACGUCCUGCAAAUAGCAAAUGCACUUACACCCAUCUGUUCGCCCAUGGGUGUGCUGGUCUGAAAACGGUUUGGUGGAAUCCGGGUUGUCCCGCAGAUGGUCUGCUCACACACUUUAACCUCGCACACGAGCAGAUCCGUUUCCUCGCUAGAGAAGCAUUUAGUUUUUCCACAUGCAAAUCCCACCAUGUAAAUAGCGAAUCCACCAUGGCGUGAGUGCAAAUGGCUUUUAAAGGGAAUGGGAGAUGAGACUCUGAUUGGUUUAU